AUGGUGAAACCUGCCUUAGAAAAUCUCAAAUCAAUCAGUAUCCCGGGCGCAUUCCCCAUCAUUGAUACUACAGAACCGACGACAUCCACAGGACAUACACUCCCUGGUGGGGUCAUAAGCGUGUUCACCAGCCUAGUAUAUCACUACAUCACCCCGAACCUCUACACAGAGUUCAAACCCACCAUAUGCAAGGGCGCUCCGACGUGGAAUCACGCCGCGGUUCGGGUGACUACCUACCACGACACGGAAGACGAGCAAACGGAGCUGAUCUUACAACAGCUCGGCGAUUUAACCCAGCUUGGAGAGGAAGGCUUAAUAGGGUUUCAAAAUGAGACUGGUUCGAGUUUGGGGUCAAAUGUCAAACAUGAGGGAGAUGGAAGUGGAACUGGGAAUAUGGAUGGGGAUCCACCCUAUCACCAAAACCUGAGUCAGAAGCAGAGCCCAGACCUGGAAAAGCUCCAUCAGGGGGUAAAAACGGCGCCGACCGGAGCUAGCGGGCAUGGCAACGCCUCGGCAUUGCCUGAAUCCUGGAAAAUCACUCAUGCGCCACGGGAGUACAUUACCAGUACAUUGCUGCGCUUUCAGAAAGUAUUGUCGGGAUGA